AUGGUCCGUCUACGGGAGAUCCCAAGGACGGCCACCUUCGCUUGGUCUCCUGGAGCUGCGUCCCCAUUGAUUGCCACAGGAACCAAGGCCGGUGCUGUCGAUGUUGAUUUCUCAAACAAAACAUGCCUUGAAUUGUGGGACUUGAGCCUGGAUCGCCAGGAUGCGAGCGAAGAGCUGAAACCCAUAGCUAAGGUUGAUAUUGACUCUGGUUUUAACGAUUUGGCGUGGGCCGAUUUUGAUGAUACUAAACGUGGUGUUAUUGCCGGUGGUUUGGAGAACGGCGCUCUGGAUCUAUGGAACGCCGAUAAGCUUCUUGCCGGAUCCAGUGAUGCUUUGAUCUCCCGAACCACGAAACAUUCUGGCGCUAUCAAGGCCCUCCAGUUCAACCCUAAACACUCGAAUCUUUUGGCCACCGGUGGCGCAAAGGGUGAGCUGUUCAUUUCCGAUCUAAACAAUAUCGAGAACCCAUUCCGAUUGGGCAACAAUGCAGCUCGUACAGAUGAUAUUGAAUGUCUGGACUGGAACAAGAAGGUGGCUCACAUCAUGGUCACUGGAAGCAGUGCUGGAUUUGUUACUGUCUGGGAUGUGAAGACCAAGAAGGAGAGCUUGACUCUCAAUAAUCUGGGCCGGAAAGCUGUUAGCGCAGUUGUCUGGGAUCCCCAACAGUCUACCAAGCUGAUUACUGCAACCCCGCUUGAGUCAGAUCCAUUGAUACAUGUUUGGGACUUACGAAACUCACAUGCCCCCGAACGCACUCUCAAGGGCCACGAAUCCGGAGUGCUCUCGCUCGCCUGGUGUGAACAAGACCCGGAUCUUCUUCUUUCUUCCGGCAAGGAUAACCGUAAUAUCUGCUGGAACCCGCACCUUGGCCAAGCUUACGGCGAAUUCCCUGUUGUCACAAACUGGACUUUCCAGACUCGCUGGAACCCGCAUAACCCUAACUUCUUUGCUACGGCAUCUUUCGAUGGAAAAAUAUCGGUCCAAACUCUACAAAAUACCAAGACCGAUAACGCGAAGGCAAUUGACGACCAGAACCAAGCUCUUGAUGGUGAAGAUUUCUUCGCCAAGGCUCAGAGUCAACCACAAGUUUCCAGGUUCUCUCUUGCCAAGCCUCCCCGAUGGAUGCAGCGGCCCUGUGGUGCUUCGUUCGGCUUUGGCGGCCGCGUCGUAUCCAUUGGCCUCACCGAAUCAGGCUCACGUACCUCGAAGAUCAAGAUCACGCCAUUCGAGGUUGAUGAGAGCGUUGGCAAUGCCACAGAAAGCUUUGAGACCGCCUUGAAGGAGGGUGAUAUCAGUAGCCUCUGCGAAUCUCGAGCUGCAGCCUCUUCGAGUGAGGAGGAAAAGGCUGACUGGAAGGUUAUCCAGACUUUGAUUUCUGAUAACCCUCGCAAGGGCUUGAUAGAUUACUUAGGCUUCCAAGAUCAAGCUGAUGAAGCCGCUGACGGCUUGUCUGCUCUUGAUUUGGAUAAGGACGAUGCGGGGACCAAUGGUGAGACUGAGAAGCCGAAGGCCUUUGUCAAGAAGCACAAGCGCCUGCAAUCCAUGUUCGAUACCACCUCUGAUGCCGAUAACUUCUUGUCUGAUUUGGCCGCAUCGAAGGAUGCUCGGACAAACAACCCAUUCGAGAUUUUUAACGGGUCGGAAAGCGAGGCAGAUCGGCGGAUUACACGUGCGCUACUUCUUGGGGAGUUUGAAAAGGCUCUUGACGUUGCGAUUCAAGAAGAUCGCAUGUCUGAUGCUUUCAUGAUCGCCAUUACCGGUGGUCAGAAAUGCAUCGCAAAAGCUCAGGAGUACUACUUUUCCAAGCAGUCCACCGGUCCUAAUUAUAUGCGCCUGCUUGCCUCUAUAGUGGGUAAGAAUCUUUGGGAUGUUGUAUACAACGCCGAUCUUUCCAACUGGAAGGAGGUGAUGGCCGCCCUCUGCACCUUCGCCGACCAGAAAGAGUUCCCUGACCUCUGUGAGGCACUUGGUGACCGCCUCGAGGAACAGGUUCAGAGCACUGAUGAUAAGAGUCUCCGCAAAGAUGCAUCGUUAUGUUUCCUUGCCGGCUCAAAGCUCGAAAAGGUAGUGGCUAUCUGGGUCGAGGAGCUGCGUGAGAACGAACAAAAAGGAAUUGAGACCGACGCGGAUAACACCACAUUCUCCAUCCACGUUCGUGCCUUGCAAGCCCUGAUUGAGAAGGUCACCAUCUUCCGACAGGUCACUAAAUUCCAGGAUGAGGAGCGGACCAAGGGCUCCGAUUGGAAACUCAAAACACUGUACGAGAAGUACAUCGAGUACGCGGAUGUUAUCGCCACUCAUGGACGUCUUCAAGUGGCCCAGAAGUACCUUGAUCUCGUCCCAGAGAAGUACCCUGAAGCUGAGGUGGCUCGUAAUCGCAUUCAGCUUGCCAUGAGACAAGCUCCGCAAAAGACCCAGCCGGCUGUUACCGCGAAGUCAGGCUUCAAGCCCCUUCCUCAACAACCUAGCCUUCAAUAUCCCCAGCAAGCUCCAUACCAACCCCCUGCGGCUCCUAAUACCGGUAUGCAGUACCCAUAUGGGGCGCCAGCCGCUUCCAACGGGUAUGCUCCUCCCCAGCCUGCCUAUCCAUACGCACCUCAAGGGACAACCCAGCCUGCCAAUCCAUACGCACCUAAAGGGACAACCCAGCCGGUCAAUCCAUAUGCUCCUCAAGGGCCCGCCCAGCCUGCCAAUCAGUUCAACUCGACUCCUAGUGGCGGCUAUCAACCAGCCGGAUUUCCAGGCAUGAGAUCGUCGUUCCCUGCAACCAGUGUCAUCCCCCCUCCUCCGAGGGCAUCUACACAGUCUCCACAGAUUAAGACCUUCACUACGGCUACUGCUAGUAGUAUUCCUUCAUGGAACGAUCUACCGGAUGACCUGGCCAAGACUGCCAAACCAUCGCGCCGUCCCACUCCCAUUGGCUCUGCUAUUAGUUCUCCGUUCCCCAACCAAUCCCCUCCCAUCUCUCAAGGUCCUCCACCUGCUGGACAGCCUCCUUUCGGCAGAGCUCCAUCUGUUCCCCCGCCGCCCAAGGGUGGAGCUCCUCCUCCCCGUGUGAUGUCUCCCCUGGCGAAUGCUCCGACUGGGCCCUCCCCACCCCCUCCCAUCAACCCAUAUGCCUCGCUACCCCUUUCUCCACCGACAGGGAUCAUGGGACCCCCGACAUCAAUCCCUCGGGGACCAUCCCCUUACAAUGCCCCGCCUAGCGCUGCCCCCUCAGUAAACCGUUAUGCCCCAAGUCCGACUGCCCAAUCUGCAACCCCGCAGAUACAACAGGCUCGUGGUCCGGUGGCGCCUCCUCCCCAGGCUCGCCCUUCACCAUAUGCCCCACCAGUUAACUCGUAUGCACCAAGCCCAUCUGGUGCUGUGAAGCCGCCUCCCAUGACUAUUCCCCCACCUCCAACGGCUCAGGGUCAUGUUCCACCAUCUCAGGGACCCCGUCCUAGCACCGCUGAAUCUCAAAGUGCGGCUGCUCCCUCGACACCCCGACACCCCCCUGGUGAUCGCUCUCAUAUCCCUCCCAACGCUGCGCCUAUCUUCGAGAUUCUCUCGGCAGAUAUGCAGCGCGUCAAGGCACGGGCUCCGGCAAGCUUCCACAAUCAGGUUGUUGAUACCGAACGCCGAUUGAACAUUCUCUUUGAUCACCUGAACAACGAAGACCUACUACAGCCUAACACUGUGAAUGACAUGGUAAACCUAGCUCACGCUCUUCAGUCUCGUGACUUCCAGGCUGCCCUUGCUAUUCACACGGACAUUGUCACCCACCGGAAUUCCGAGUGUGGUAACUGGAUGGUCGGUGUUAAACGUCUUAUCAGCAUGAGCAAGGUUUCCCCGUGA